AUGCAGGUGGCAAUACAUUUCUCAAGUUUCACAAGCAUGGCUCGGAGAAAAAACUUGGCCAUCAAAACAUUUUAUGUAUAUGUUGUAUUUUUGCUGUGUUAUUGUCCUUAUUUAAUCGUCUUAACUGUGUUGUUUGUUAGUUCACGGCCGAGUACAACGAUGAAGGGAGCUGUUCAACUUACAACAGUUUUAAUGAUGCUCAAUUCAUCGUUAAACCCUCUGGUGUUUGGUUGGAAAAUGAGGGAAGUUCGUCAAAACGUUAAGAAUUAUUUUAAAAGUUAUUUUUUCCAUAAAUCAGAUGAAGCCUUCCUUUGGGUUACACGUUCAGCAGACAAACAUCAAAAAAUCGCAACUAGUCUAGCUUGGUCCUAAGUAGAAAAAUUAAUGCUGGCGGGAAACCUGUGUGUAGCUCGUCGUCGAGAGCCUCCUUUAGCUUUAACAACUAUAGAAGGUUGUUUUUUUCUUUUUUUCAAAUCCAUCAGAUAGUGAUAAGGCAUCAAAGGUUUUUUAGUGCAUUUUGUCUGGGACUUAAACGGAUUGGCUUUCAAGCAUGGAAUGCUUGCCAAGGGCAAUUUAUGACCUCAUUUAUUUAGCUGUCAUUUUUCUGCCUUGCAUGUACGGUUUUAAUAAAACUAGUUAUUCGUGUUUAUUUGCAAUCUUUCUUGAUAGUUCAGUAAUGUAUCUUUCGUGCAUUUAAUGAUUUUAACUACUGGGAGUGUGUCGAAGGACUUGGGUGAGGGACUGAAGGAAACGACAAUUCUGUGAUUGGGAGGCUUAAGAGGAUUUUAAUAUAGUACUGCUUCGUUACCGUGCGCUGCGAAAUCGCGACUGAUUCUAGGGCCUUAAAUAAACCUAGAAAAAUAACCAAAAACGUCCACCGUAAAUUCUCCUUUAAAAAUGCUUUAAAUCAUGGGUACAGAAGCCCAUAAAAUGACAGUAAAUACAAGCAGAAGUAUAUAACUCUGUUCCAAUGCAGGAGUUUUGGAGUUCCUAUAUGCCUGAACUUAAGGUGGCUCGAUACAGUUUUUCAAGGCCAAUACCUCCCAAGUUUGAGAAUAAACUAGGUCGCCAUAAACAAAGUUUUGGAAAAAUUGCCACCACAGUUGUAUUAGAUAAAGAUGAAAAUUUGUUAUGAUCAGGGUGGCAAUGACAUCGGAGUUGUCAUAGCAACGAAAUGACGCUACUACCUAUUUUACUUACAGAAGUAUUUCUCGGCACUGGGAACUGUUGUUCCAAAAUCAUUCACGGGAGCUUUUUCCUCCAAUUGCCGCCUGGAUGUUCGUGAAGUUUAAGCGAAAUCUGUAAGAGCGUUAUCGAGAUAUUUUGGGAUUAAGAUUUGGUGGUUAGAAAUACGGUAAAAAAUGGAUAUUCUUGAUUUACGGCUGUUAUCUGUAGAAAAUGAAGCGCUUUUGACAUGCAGUUUCACCUCAUAGUAGUUUCAAUCUUUUUAAAAACGUGUGUGAAAGACCGUGGAGAUAGCUCCAGCCGAUUGCUAGAAAGAAGGAUUUGAUUGGUAUGUAUCGAGGCGCUUUUGUUAGCGGUUUUUGAACAUUUUGGUCUACUUUAACAAAUUAGCGAAUAAUGUUUAAACCGCUCGAUGGAUUUUUUUAAAGAAUUAAGAUUCUUGAGAUUAACCUUCCUUUUAUAUGACCUUUUAGUUUCAAGAUUGUUGACAUAUUGUAAGGCAGUAAAAUAAGGACUACAAUUCGCCAAUAUUUUGGCAGAAAUUUUGUGUUUACAAAUGUGAGCUUCUCAUUAUUCAGGGUAUUGUCUCCAAGUUUCAUAUUUUCGCGCAUAACAAUAGCUAGGAUUUUUGCAUAUGUCAAAUGCAUUGUUAGUUACAGUUGUUCACGUGAAAAUGAAACUUGGAGACAAUGCCUUGAAUAAUGAGAGGCUUUCACUUGUAAUAACGAAACGUCCGAUAAAAAAGUAACGAAUUCUAGCCCUUAUUUUAAUGUCUUACAAUGUAUCAAUAAUCUUGAAACUAAAAGGUCAUAUAAAAGAAAGGUUAUUCUCAAGAAUCUUAAAUUUUAAAAAAAAUCUAUCGAGCGGUUUAAAAAUUAUUCGCUAAUUUGUUAAAGAAGACUGAAAUGUUUACAAAACUACUAACAAGAGCGCUUCGAUACAUGCUAAUAAAACCCUUCUUUCUAAAAAUCGGCUGGAACUAUCUCCAUGAUCUUUCACACACGUUUUUAAAAAGAUUGAAACUACUAUGAGGUUAAAUUGCAUAUAAAAAUCGCUUCAUUUUCUACAGAUAAAGGCCAAACAACAAUAUUGUCCAUUUUUUACUGUGUUUCUAACCACAAAAACUUCAUCCCAAAAUAUCUCGAUAACGCUCUUACAGAUUUCGCUUAAACUUCACGAACAUCGAGGCCGCUAUUGAAGAAAAAAGUUCCCGUGAACGAUUUUGGAGGAACAGUUGCCAGUGUUGAGAUAUACUGCUGCAAGUAAAAUAGGUAAUAGUGUCAUUUCGUUGCUAUGUCAACUCCGAUGCCGUUGAAACGCUGAUCAUAACAAAUUUUCAUCUUUAUCUUAUACAACUGUGGUGGCAAUUUUUCCAAAACUUUGCUUAUGGCGACGUAGUUUAUGCUCAAACGUGGGAGGUCUUGGCCCUGAAAAACUGUAUCGAGCCACCUUAACUUAUAUGAUAAAUCUAACCGACAUAGUAUGCAAGUGUUGGAUUUCUUCGUUGAAAAAGCUCAUCGUACUUCAUUGCCUUUUAAUAAAGAUUGAAAAUGACAAUUCAUAGGAGGCAAUUUAUGGACUUGAUGUAAUGUGGUUUUUUUAUUUGUGCAAAUUAUCAGGAAACGGUUUACCCCGGCCAGUUCUGACAACACACCUUAACUUACUGGAAAAUACAAUGAAAACAAAGGCCGAAAAGCUAAGUAGAAGCCGAUUGAGUAGAUAGAAUUAUUUAAUUUGCCAAAUUUUUUUUACUUGUUUUCCAUCACGAGAUGCUCGCCGCCACUUGCUUUUAAUCAUUAAGCAACGCUAAAUAACAUUGUAGCGGAAUUAUCUCCCAUUUAAUAUGACAGGAGAAAAGUGAGAAGUUAGCCCAUAGUUUAAAAUGUUUAAUUCUGUUGGUUUAAUGUUAUUUAAUUGACGGUUUUGUCGGUAUCAUCUUUUAACUAAUUCCUAUUUGGGUGAUUUAUUUCCUCUAUUUUUCACCUUGGGCCAUUCGCCUGGUCAGUAAUAAUAACAUGUCGUUUUAGACUCAGACCAACUGCUUUUUUCUUUGUACUCAGUAAUGACGCCAAAUGAUCAGCGACUGAGAUGUUAGAUAAGUAGUAAAGUACCUUCAGGCAGUUUUAGCUAAAAAAAAUUUAUAAUUCAGCUUACGUUAUGAAAAAUAGAGGAUUGUUGUUUUGGUAUAAAAUUAAAAAAACCCGACAAUUCAAAUUAUGCCACGUACAUACAUUCAUUUAAAUUUUUAGUGGUUUCUGCCUGGAGGCUAAGCAAGCCACAAAGUUGGCGCUGACUUUGUUUCAGUGCCUUUUAGCAGUCAACCUCAAAGAAAAAACAAAAUUACCAAUUCCAGGAUUGUCAAGCACUUCCAUCUCGUUGCUCUCUCCAAGAAAUACGAUAUGAUUGUCUUAAUAGAAAUGAAACUGACAUUACAUAACUUUCGUACAAUAUUUAUUCUGGACUCUUUUAACUUUAUCAAUAUUAAUUGUUCAAGAGGACUGUAUUUGUUUUACUAUUAGAGAAUCAAGCUAUUGGAAAAAUUAUAUCGGUGAGCUAAUUUGUCAGUCAAAUGACGACUAAAGGUGCUAAUUUCAUGCGCUUACGUAAAAUAAGAAAAUUAAGAAAGUUUUUUAUUCUCCUUGUACAAAUUACCUUCAGAACGUCAACCGCGUAAAAACUACUUGACGCGCAAGAUCACCAACUUGUAAGUCAGGGGAUGCUGCGUAUGCAGAAGUUAAAAUGGCAGCAUCACUCAAACUUUGCAAUGAGGUUUUGAUGAAGUACUAUGGAAAACCUGAGGAAGUUUACCCUCUAUAUAUUGUAAUGUGUGUCCUUAAUGGUUUUCUCUCGGUGACCGCGGUUUUUGGAAACGCGAGCCUAAUUUCUGCGCUGAGAAAAACUUCAUCUAUUCCUUCGUCAACAAGAACUCUGCUUUGGUGCUUGGCGAUAACAGACCUCACCACUGGGGUACUAGGUCAUCCACUCUACAUCGCCGUAAUUUCAAAAGUUCGGCAAAAUUAUAGCUGCGAGAACGUUCAUGAAACUUUGCUAGCAUUUUUCCUGAUACAAGCUUCGUUAACUGGUUGCUCAUUCAUGGUGGUGACUUUCAUCGGAGUGGAUAGAUUUCUUGCAAUUUAUUUGCAUCUUAGAUACAAUGAACUAGUCACUACAAAGCGAAUAAUCACCGUGGUACUUGCGUCGUGGACUUUUUCCCUGGCUACCAUUUUCAUAUGUGUCUUCUGGUAUUUUAAAGUUGGAGAAGUGGUUUUGCUUAUUGUUGCUUACUGCUCCACGGUUUUGCUCAGUAUCAUAUACAUUAAACUUUUUCUCGUCGCUCGUCAACACGCAGCAAGCGUAAACAGCCAGGCGCAAGUGGCAAUGCAUCUGUCAAGUUUCACAAGCAUGGCCCGAAUCAAGAACUUAGCCAUCAAAACCUUUUACGUAUAUGUUGUAUUCUUACUGUGUUAUUGUCCGUAUUUAAUCACCUUAACUCUGUUGCUAGUGAGUCCUCAGCCGAAUGCAGCUGUAAAGGGAGCCAUACAAUUUACAACAGUUCUAGUGCUGCUCAAUUCAUCGUUAAAUCCAGUCGUUUUCGGUUGGAAAAUGAAAGAAGUUCGACAGAUUGUUAAGAAUGAUUUCCAAAAGUUCAUUUUUUGGAAAGCUGAAGAUGUGUAAUCGAGGGAACAUGCAGAAAAGUUUACGUUUCUUUCCGGCAUUUAAUUAAGCGAAUAGGGUCCUGAGCGCGUCCGUAUGAAGUUAAAAUCAAAUCAGCUGACAUAAACGUUUAAUAAAAUUUAUAACUUAACCCAGCAAAGGUCAGAGGACCUCUUUGCUCGCAAAAACAAAUUAUAAUUAUUAAACAUGCUUUUUUUCUUUUUUAAAUUUAUAUCUCCUGAUUACUAGUUGUAAGUAAUCCUGUUUCAAUAAACAGUUGAGAAAAUGUAAUUUACAUUGAAGGUACGCGCACGUUAGACUAGCAAAAAAAGAGGAGACAGACAUCUCAGUUUCAUGCUUAGUUCUUAUACGGCAAAAGAUAUGCUUUUUUUUAACUUUGACGGAACGUUCGUUCAUCCAAUGACAAGUAAUUUAUCAGCUUGCCAAAAGUAUUCUAAUUAGCUGUCAAGUUCUCCUUUUUAAUAAAAGCGCAUUAUUUAUAUUUGUUUAUAGCCUUCCUUAGAAAAUCGUCUUUGCUAUUUUUGUUUUGUGAGUUGCAGAAGUUGUGCCCUGAAAAAAAAUUACAUGAUAGUGGUAUCAUUCCUCCUUUAAAAAAAAAAAUUAGAAGCAGGUAGAGUUCCGCGCCAAAUAUCACUCUUUUUGGCAGUCAAAAUUCAGCUGGUUGAAGAUCUUCGGAUGGGAAUUAAUUACUAACUAUUUCUAGAAUUUCAAGUACAGGUGGUUGGAUGGAAAGACUAAGAAAGAAAACUGAAGGAGACUAGAAAAGACCACUGUUGACGGGCAAAGUGACGACCGCUGACUAAAUCGCAGGAGAGUUAAGCCAGUUUAAUUUUUUAGCAGUUUUGUGUCCGUCCAAGGGUUGGUGUAAGAGAUGGCGAUUCAGUGGGGAUUCGGCCGUAAAUUGCUUUAAAAACGCUUUUAUUAUGCGGUCACGGAUCGAGUUCAAGAGGGGACAAGAGGCGGGUGUUUUAAUUACCCAUCUUAUUAAGCUGGAAGCUGGACUUCUUCCCCAGGUAGUGGGAAAUAGCUUUUCUUUUGCCAGUACCUUCAAAAAGAGUAGGCCUCGUUUUAUAAUCAUGUUUCGCCAAUAACUGUCUUUGGACGCCCCUGGAAAAUGGCCGAUCUUUUCGAUUUGUUUUGCUCGUAUUUUUAGUAUUGUUAUCAAUGAUUCCUGCUAAUUAGUGUUACUUUCCUAUUAAGCAGAAACUACAUUUAAGAAUAUUCAUUAUGCAUACCCGGGAAUUGAUACCAUUGCUGCCUUCGUAAAAUGUCUUGUUGGAAUUAAACUAACACUUAGUGUAUGCCAUUGUGAUAGCUGUUAAGACCUGUGAAAAUAUUUCAUUGUUAGUGAAGAGUUUUUAGCAUCUAGUCAAAAACAUUUGGUUUUUACUUUCGCAAACACCAAAGGUUUUUUUAUUUACUCAAGAAUUUUUUCUCAACUCUAGAGUACUUACGCUGGCUUCCACCUCAAUCAAGAAUUUUUUUCAUCCGAUUGAGAUCUAAUAUUGAUCAAGAGCGUCAAAAGGGGCCAAUCAAGCAAUGCUUACACGGUCUCACCAGGAAGCUAAAUCACGUGAUCUUGAUGUAGCUCAUUGUUUUGCACAGACCAAAAGUAUCUGCUGUCGAACCUCUCUACUAGGGCCAACUUGGGGACAGAAUAAAGUUGCUGUUUUGGAGAGGUGGCCGUUAUGCGGAGCUAAUGGUUUAAUAUGAAAGUCUUUUUAGGGUCCGAGUCACAACCCGUUAAUUGUGCCAAGUUCGACAUCCCACAAGGGUAAUCCAAUCAUAAAAACUUUGAUAUAUAGAGCUAAAAUCAGACACAAAAAAAUUUACAAAUGAUUUUUCGAAUCAAAACGUUUACAUGACCAAAUAAGCAAGGCUCGCAACAUUUGCUAUAAGUUUUGUAGACAAUUUUUACUUACUGUAGCAUUAUUAAAUGGAACACAAUCAAAACGAUUGUCACGAUCAUCAACGCGCCAUACAGAUCAAAUUACGUAACCAUUCCGUACCUCAGUCGCUGAAAAAACUGGCCGUUUGUCUAGAGGUUAUUUUGGCAUUUGAGGACGCGCUGUAGUGGCCGUUGCCGUUGUGAAGAGGGUUAAACAAGAGUCAAUGUAUGGACUGACCUCCGGGACAAUAAAAGAGUGACCGUUGUAAACAGGUGGUCGUUGUGGAGACGUGGCCGGCGUUAGUGGAGGUUCGACUGUAUAUUAUUUUCAAUAACUGGAAGAGCAGGUCACUAAAGUGGAAAAGGGGGUGACCUGAUCUUCCACCUCAGUGGACAAAAAAAUACACAGUUUGUUCUAAAACAACAGAACUGUGCAUUCAUGCGCAUGUCUUGGCUUCUCGGCGCUACGCGCUCUGUCAUUGUGGUAGAACACCUUGGAGUUCAGUUAUUAUUGCGUGGGACAUCAGGGGAACGUAACCUAAACUCAACACUCAAGAAUCCUGGCCACCCACAUUAAGCAGAAGGAAACUUGAUUUCUGAUAGUUCGGGUAAAUUGCCGCAAACGGAAAUACACCAUAGACCUUGGACGUCUCAUUCCUAGAGCCUGUCGUUUCUUUAAGUCCCAUUCGAACGAGCGCUCAUAGUGACGGAUGCUGCUACUUUCGGAACCCUACUAUACCUCAUUGCUAAGAAGAUUAGCGAGAAAAUAACUUUUCAAGCCGGCUACCUUCAAAUGUCAGUCUAAGCGUGACGAAUUGCGGAUCUCUGGUGGUACUGAGUUCCACACUAUUUACCUUUAUAGGUAUAGCUGACAGCGCCGUGCGGCACAUGGGGAUGAGAUUAUAUUAUUUAAGGUUGUUGUUAAUCGUGUUGUUAUACUUGUGAGUUAAGAGCGUUGGUUUUGAAAAAAAUUUGGCGAAUUCCUCUUACCACCGCCAGCUUGCUCAUAAGUUGCAAGCUCAUUCUCUCUUGAGAAAACUAAUCAGUUAAACCAAGUAAGUUGAAUAAAUAUGCCUUUUUUUGGCAUCGAUUACAUUGAUGUUUAUCCACUGCGAUUUGAAAAUGGACCUUUUGGCAAAAUCGACCGAGAUUUAGCAUGUCUUAAGCUCACUUUAACUACAGUCAGGUGCGGCCACAGCCGCGAGUCUGCCGCCCUAGUAAACAACAUGGCGACCAUCUUACAGUGCUAUUCUGUGUCUAUUUUGCUUUAUAAAAACGUUCUCGGAAUGUUAGCAAUAAACAAACUUCACCGCUAUUUGCAUGUACUUUGAGACUAUAGUUCAUCCGGCUGUUUUAGCCACGUGGCGUGACUUUGGGCAGUUUUUAUCUAAUCGGCCUUUGUGGCCUUACAUCUUGAAUGUACGGCAUUUUAAUUUCAUUUGAAGUUGAAGAGGAAAUAGAGCAGUGCCUUAAACUGCUUUCGUCCCAUGGCCAAUGGACUCAACCUCAAAUUAACUUUCUAGUCUUUCAAUUGUCAGUUAGUUUAAAAAGGUUAUAUGCAUUCCGCGCCGGGCUUUGUCUUUUUUAGUUGUGUACACGGUGAGUUUUCUUUUUGUUGCUGCAAACUAAAGAAUGGUUAGAUGAAAUUAGGUCUCGACAGAAUGAAAAGAGAAUUGUCGUCUUAAUAAGAAUAGCUCAAACAAAUAAAAUAACAGCAGGUUGGCUUGAAAAAAGAAACUUUCUACUAAGUUAAAAAUAAAUAAAUUUAUCAAAAGAAGGACUGAAAUAAUGAAGCCAUUGGGGAGAAAUUCUCAAUCAAUUGCCUAUUGUGAAAUCUCUCACUGAAAAUGACCAUUUUGAUAGCUUUGGUUUGUAAUGCGCGUUGCUAAUGAAAUUGAGAGGAUGAACAUGCCGGCCGGUUAAUAAAUUUUGCAAGUUAUUAAAUUCACGACAGCAACAAAUAAAGUGACAGAUAAAAUCUCACAGUUAACUUGAACUUAAUAAUAUAAAUUCGCGACACAAAGAAGAUUGAACGUACGUUUCAAUUCGUAUUAAUUCAGUGUUAUGAUUCACAGCGUUACGAAAAUAAUACAGAUUCACCACCUUGCUAUUCCUCUCCUAUGGUUGCAGACCCUUGUUACUUCUUUCUAUUAUCUUAAAACUAGUCAACAAGCCACAGGAUAUACGAAUUUCAAUUUCAAUUUUUCAUUUUGUAUUCCAGCUCCCUAUUAAGAACUUAUCAUAAUGCAAUCACUAUUAUUGCUGUAAAGCACUUCUUCACUGAUAUUACAGCCCCAUUGCUAUGUAAACAAGUAAAUUAAAUCAGCCGCAAUGUAGCCUUUAUAUAAGAUUUCAGCAAUUGACAUUAACGCCAAAUUUUGCGGACAAAGCGCAAAGAAAGAGCUGAAGAAAGCGUGUCGCACUUUGAUCUGGCCUGAACAUCUUCUUUGAGGGCAAGACGCGCAGUUAAUUUAAAAAUGGAUAGUUCUUUAAAAUUGUGCAAUGUUGUUCUGGAAAAGUAUUUCGAAAGACCUGAAGAAUUGGACACACUGUUUAAGAUGAUGCUAGUAUUAAAUGGCUUGUUCUCUUUCACCGCAGUUCUGGGAAACUUGAGUAUAAUUUUCGGGCUAAAGAAGGCUUCGUCUAUUCCUUCCUUAACGCAGAUUCUUCUUAAGUGUUUAGCUGUAACAGAUCUUGGCAAUGGCGUUGUUGGUCACCCACUUUACUUGGCUGUUACUUCAGGACUUCGACAAAGUUACACCUGCGAAAAUAACCACCAAAUUCUAUUAGCAUUUUUUCUGAUACAAGCUUCGUUAAGUAUUUCAAACACGUGA